AUGGGGCCCUUCUCCAAAUUCAAGGGUUCGAAACCGAAUCAGGAGGCGACGGCCCAUGCCCAGCAAGAAGCUCCGGAAUUUGAGCAUGUCAUCUGGUAUCGCGACCCAGGCCUCCGAAAGUUAUAUUGGCAUGCAUUCAUUCUCUGCAUUGCUUCCGCCAGCACUGGUUACGAUGGAAUGUUCUUCAAUUCCGUCCAAAACUUCGAGUCAUGGAAGGAUUAUUUCGACAGACCCAGCGAUCACCUCCUAGGUCUUCUCGCCGCCCUCUACCAGAUUGGGAGUUUGGCAUCCAUUCCAAUUGUACCAUACUUUACCGAUAACUGGGGUCGUCGGCUUCCCAUCGUCAUUGGAGGUAUCAUUACUAUCGCUGGCGCGGCGCUUCAGGCCUUCUGCCAGAACAUGGGCGGCUUCAUGGGAGGUCGUGUGCUGCUUGGCUUCGGAAACUCCUUCUCGCAGAUGGCGUCACCAAUGCUGCUUACAGAAAUUUGCCACCCUCAACAUCGUGCAAGACUUACCACAGUUUACAACUGUCUUUGGAAUGUUGGAGCCUUGAUCGUUGCGUGGACGUCAUUCGGCACCGACUUUUUGGACAAUCAGUGGUCCUGGAGGAUUCCAGCCCUGCUACAAGCCUUGCCUUCAGUUGUCCAGGUUAUUGGAAUUUGGUGGGUUCCCGAAUCUCCACGAUACCUAAUCGCAAACGACAAACUCGAUCAAGCUCUGCAGAUUCUCGCCAAAUACCACACUAAUGGCAAUGUCGAGCAUCCAACUGUAAAGUUUGAAUACCGCGAAAUCACAGAAACUAUCAAGAUGGAGCAGGCCGCAAAGGAGCACAGCAGUUACCUUGAUUUCUUCAGGACACCGGGUAACCGAUAUCGGUUUAUGAUCCUCAUCUCCCUAGGAAUCUUCUCUCAAUGGUCCGGAAACGCCAUUAUCUCCAACUACACCAACAUCCUAUACGACAAUGCAGGAAUUACAGGCUCCACUCAAAAGCUCGGCCUCUCCGCUGGAUCCUCUAUGGUCUCGCUCAUUGUUUCCAUCUCAUUCGCGCUUCUGGUUGACAAGUUUGGACGGCGUCCCAUUUUCCUACUUUCUACUGGCGGCAUGUUCGGUACAUUCAUCUUCUGGACCUUGACCUGCGCGCUGUACGAAGAGUAUGGCUCUCCGGGCGCCAACCACGCCAUGAUCUUUUUCAUUUGGGUGUUCAACGUGGCGUACGCCAUUGCUUGGUCUGGUCUCUUGAUCGGCUACGCAGUCGAAAUUUUGCCCUACUCACUCCGAGCCAAGGGUCUGAUGAUUUUGAACGUCGCUAUUCAGUCAGCGCUUACCCUCAACAACUAUGCGAACCCAGUUGCUCUCGAUCACUUCGAAGGAGAGACCUGGAAACUUUACCUCAUUUACACCUGCUGGAUCUUCCUUGAGCUCUGCUUCGUUUACUUCAAGUACGUUGAAACAAAGGGUCCCACACUUGAGGAGCUCGCCAAGGUCAUCGACGGCCCAGGUGCACAUGUUGCCCAGCUUGAUAUCCAACAGAUCGAAAAAGAAGGCCAUAUCUAUAAUGGCCGUGACAGUGAGCAUGCGGAUGGUGUCCCUGAACUAACUCAACCCAUGGACACCAAAGGAGUGCAGCGAGACUGA